AUGAAAGAUAUAACAGGUAGGUUAAAAGUUGCACAUGUUAAUAUUCGUUCUUUAUUUCCUAAAAUAGUUGAUAUAGAUUAUGUCAAAAAACAAAAAAAGCUUACAGAAGAGGAGCUGCUUUACUACUUACAUAAUGAUGAUGAGUCCGAUAUUCCUGAUAUGUCUGUUGAAGAAGAUUGUGGUUGGGAUGAUGACGAUCACCAAAAUAUUCCAGAUGAAAACAUUUUUGAAAGACUAACUUCACAAGUUGAAGAGGGAGAAAAUGAAGAUUAUUCAGAGCAUGAGGAACCUGAUAAUUUCCAAGAGAAACCUGAUGAACUAAAGUUAGCAAAUACUGACUCUGAUCAUCAAGCGAUUGAUGAUCCACAUGUUGAUUGUACGUUGGGACCUUUAGAAUCAGAAAGGGAGUUAUCAGAUACUGAUUCAGACAACCAAGCAAAUGCUGAUCACACAUUGGACCCUGUCACAUCAGAACAGGGAUUGUUAAUCACAAAUUUGUUACCAGAAAAAUCAGAACAAGUUAAGACAGAUUUCGUAUUACCCUUAUUUAAUAACAUAAAUAAAGAAAUGCAAUCACAGUCGCCUAAAAUCCAUUUAGUGUAUUCCAAAAUCUGUUCAACUUUAAGAACAUUGUUCGACUGUUUUUUAAAAAGAGAAUGUAUUUUGGACAAGUCAAUCGAAAACAUUGAUUUUAUAAAUCCUAUAAAUUAUUUAGAUCUUGAACAAAUAUAUUAUGGCGCGAGGGUACAAAAUAUUUUUCAUAACCAUACAGAUUUAACUCCAGAGCAAAAACAUUUAUUUCAAUUGACAUGUCUUAACUUUUACAUUGAAAGUUGCAACCAAAUUGUUAAAAGAAUGCCCUUAGAAAGCAAUAAGCUAAAAGAAAUGUCUAUUAUAGAUCCUGCAAAAGUUAAAUCUGGUGAAAUUUCAUCUAUUGCGCAUAUGUGUGGCUUAUUUUCCCUGGAUUAG